AUGCUCUCCAGGCGAAGAUGCUUCGCGGCGGCGGCGAGCCGGAUCCGGCCGCUCGCCAGGGCCUUCUGCGGUGCGCCGGCCUCCGGGGCGCCCAGGUCGCAGGAUCACAGUCACACCAAGAAGGUUGCUGGCGUGAAGGCUCCGCCUGAUGUGCUCGACGUUGCUAUUGUUGGUGGAGGCAUGGUGGGCUUGGCAGUCGCUUGUGCAUUGUCUAAUAUGCCAUUAACAAAACAUCUUAAAACUGCUAUUAUCGAUAGCAAUCCAGCGUUGAAGUCAAGAGGUUACCUGGAUAAAAACAGUACACCCGAUUCUAGGGUCAGUACUGUUACCCCUGCAACCAUUUCCUUCUUCAGAGAUAUUGGCGCCUGGGAGCAUGUUCAACAGCAAAGACAUGCUUUCUUUGGUAAAAUGCAGGUGUGGGAUUACACUGGGCUUGGAUACACGAGAUAUAAUGCAAGAGAUGUGGGCAAAAAAUACCUUGGAUGUGUGGUGGAGAACAAAGUGCUUUGCAACUCGCUGCUCUUACGUUUAAAGGAAGAAUUGGAUGAUAUUGAAAAUGUGAUAUAUCCUACCAGAUUGGUGUCUCUUACUUUCCCGUUGAAGAGCAGACAAGCAGGAAUGAAACCAGCAUCAAGUGAACCAUUAUCCAUUGGUCAUACUACAGAAGAGUUACAUUGCAGUAAUUUAGUUAAACUUGACCUCAGUGAUGGACGGAUGUUAUAUUCCAAAUUGGUGAUAGGAGCUGAUGGUUCAAAGUCCAAUGUUAGACAGAUUGCAAGCAUAAAAACAACUGGGUGGAAUUAUCCGCAAAGUGCAAUUAUCUGUACAGUAGAGCAUGUUGUGGAAAAUGAUUGUGCAUGGCAGAGGUUUCUCCCUUCUGGUCCAAUUGCACUACUUCCGAUAGGCAACAACUUCAGCAACAUUGUAUGGACAAUGAGCCCAGAGGAGUCACUGCGCCAUAAGUCAAUGAGCCCCGAAGAGUUUGUGAAGUCGGUGAACCACGCAUUGGAUUUUGGUUAUGGCCCACAUCCUCGCUCUACUGCUCUUGACCAUUACAUGGAACAGUUCUUUUCUGGCAUUGGGAACACUGCAACAUCUACAAAGGAAUGCUUUGAAGUACCACCAAAAGCAACCGGUGUAGUUUCUGAGAGAAUGGCAUUUCCAUUGUCAUUGAUGCAUUCCCAUGAUUAUGUUUCCAAAAGGCUAGCAUUAGUUGGAGAUGCUGCUCAUACUGUCCACCCCUUAGCCGGUCAAGGCGUCAACUUGGGCUUUGGUGAUGCUGCUGCUUUAGCAAAAGUUAUUGCUGAAGGAGUUUCUGUGGGCUCAGAUGUUGGGGACCUGACUUUGCUACAACGAUAUGAGAAGGACCGGAAGGCUGCCAAUGUGGCGAUGACAGCAGUGCUAGAUGGUUUCCAGAAGAUGUACUCUGUUGAUUUUGGGCCCCUUAAUAUAGUGAGAGCUGCUGCGUUCCACGGUGCUCAGUACAUAUCACCACUGAAAAAGAGCAUCAUCUCUUAUGCAAUGGGUGACAAGAAAUGGCCCCUAUUUCCAUGA